CCCAACUACUCCGUCUGCUCCAGAGUGGUUGUUUCUCACACCAUGGCGCUGCGCUCUGAUCAUUUCACUGUAUACGUGGCGCUUCAUUUUGGUUUAAUAGCAUUACUUAAUUGUAUCUUAGCAACCUCGGGCAGUGGCACCUCCAGCGUGUUGGCACUUCUACAGCCGUAUGAUUUUUUGUAUUACAGUGGAGUACGUGCAUAUUUUGGUGAGGAGUGGGGGAAGGCUGCGGAGCUGCUAGAGAAAUCCAUCGCGACCAAGGAAUCACUGUUUAGAGUCCGCAGGCAGUGUCAUAAUGACUGUGUGGCAGCAGGGAGAGAGGCACUCAAUAAACUGGAUUCUGAAGAGGGUAUGUGGGACCUCUGGGUCUUGGAUUGGGUGCAGCAGAGGGCUGAAUGUUUGAGGUUCUGUAUUGGACGCUCUGUCACACCUGCAGGACAGCUCCCAGUUUCGACCGACAUAGAGUAUGAAUUCAGUAGUCGCAACCCUUACAACUUUCUGCAGGUCACAUACUACAAGUUGGAAAAGUUGCAGAAGGCGGCAUCGGCAGCUCAUACCUACUUUGUGGCCAACCCCAGUCACCUGGAGAUGAGGAACAACAUUGAGAAGUACAGACGGAUGGAAGGAGUGACCGAGGAGGCCUUCCAGGACAGAGAGAUUGAGAAUGAGAAACACUGGGUCCUGUAUGAUUCUGCUGUUCAGUACGAGGCCUCCUCUGACUGGUUGCAAGCAGCAGAGUCAUUGAAAGCGUGCGUGAAUCAAACACUGCGGCAGACGGAGGAGUGCAGGGUGCAGUGUGAGGUAGCCUCCCAGCGGCUGCCCGAGGACAGGGGAGUGGACAGUGUUGACGGUGCGUUCGAGAAGGCUGCAGCUCUUUCCCUCUCCCUGCUCUCGUGCCGGCAGUCCUGCGUGACUCAGAUAGCCACAAGACCCGGAAGGGUCUCUUCUCAGGAGGACUUCCUGCCCUCACAGCUGGAGCAUCUGCAUAUUGCACAGUUUAAAGCCGGUGAUAUUAGAGGAGCUGUGCAGACACUUCGCUCUCUUCUCCUGUUUUAUCCUGCUGACAAGGACUCCUUGGACAACCUGCAGCUCUACUAUGAGACACUAGGAGGAGACACAGAGUCACAGGAAACACAUCCUGCUCAGGAGAUUGUCAGAUACAUUAGUCGCUCUUUGCAGGAGAAGAAGCUACUGUAUUUUGGUAUGGAGAACUUUGACUUCAAUUUCAUCGACCCAGAUCUUUGGACUCCAGAAGAUGUUGUACCCGAAUCACUGAGGGAUACCUGGAGAGCUGAAAAGGAGAAAAUGACUGAGAAAAUGAAAGCGGGAGAGCAGCGGGAAGAAGUGGACGAUAGUGGAUUUUUUGCAGGUGGUUCAGUCCCUCAGGUGGGUGUGACCAUCACCAUGGACGACGAGGUUCUGAACGGGACCAAUCGCGUUGUAUUCGACGGAGUCAUGACUGAGAAGGAGUGUGACAGAGUGCUGCAGUUGGCAACAGCUGCAGCAUCUGCUGGAGAUGGCUACCGGGGACGACGGUCUCCGCACACGCCUCAUGAAACGUUUGAGGGCCUGACUGUCCUCAGGGCUGUAAAGUUGGCUCAGGAUGGCCUGGUGAACCAAUCAGAUGCCAGGUUGUUACAUGAGCUGGGCGAGAGGGUGAGAGUCCUGCUGCACUCCUACUUCAGGAGCCCCUCAGGACUCUUCGUCUCUUUCACACACCUGGUCUGCCGCAAUGCUAUUGCAGGUGACCAGGAGGGAAGGCUGGAUCUGUCUCACCCUGUCCAUGUUGACAACUGUCUCCUUGAGCCGGAGACCAAGCAGUGCUGGAGGGAACCACCAGCAUUCAUACACAGAGACCUCAGUGCCAUUCUCUACCUGAAUGACAACUUUGAUGGUGGAGAGCUGUUCUUCACUAACAGGGAUGCCAAGACAGUAACAGCUCGAGUAAAACCCAGCUGUGGGCGACUGGUGGGGUUCUCCUCGGGUCCAGUAAAUCCACAUGGUGUUACUGCAGUGACCAGUGGUCGGCGGUGUGCGCUGGCCCUCUGGUUCACAAAGGAGAAGCUCUACAGGGACAUGGAGCGAGAGCAGGCAGAGGCCAUGUGGGCUGCAGAUGGACAGAGUGUGGUGAAAAAGGACGAGAAGAAGACGGAGGGCAGCACCGCCCGCAACGCCCGGAGCCAAGCACCGACGGAGAGGAGCAGAGGGAGAGGCAGGGUGACAGAGGGUAGAGAUGAGCUGUGAGAGCCAGAACAAACCUGACAAACUGAAGCACCCAAAUUGGAAUACAUUUUCAGCUGCGUCCACUUUAGUGGACCAGUCCGCCAUCCCAUAACAGGACCAUUAGACCAGCCAUGAACACAUCAUGAUCUUUCAGUUUUUACCCACACAUUUCACUCUCAUCUUGCUGCCUUUUUAUGUAAAGUUGCUUGCAUGUUUGUAUAUACUGUAUUUAUACUGUAUAUGAUGAAGGUAAGUGAGGGAAACUGUCAUUCCCUCCCUCUAAUGUCAAUCUGUACUUUUGUUUUAGCAACUUUAAUGACCAAUGUCACUCACUUUGAAAAUGAAGAGAUUAAAAGAAGAAAAAUAAAUGUGACAAAUAGUGACUCUUUA